AUGUGGCCUCUUUGGGGACUGGACCUGAACCGAGUCCGCUGCGACCUGCUCUUCACAGAAGCCAUCAAUCAAAGGAUGCAGGUUCCCAACAGGCUGAAGGUAGCAGAGAGCUUCAGCCCUCUGGAUGAGGAACCAGCAAGAGAGGAUGUCCCUCCUUCCUUGCGUAUGCACAUCCCUGACAGGAUUUCCCUUGCAGAAAUAUCAGAUGCCAGUUUGAGGCCCGUUCUGCUGAACAAGCAAAGGAAAGUCCCCUCUGUAGUGGUGCACGUGUCCCCGGACUUCUCUGCGCCGCCUGCCAGCCUCGAGGAGCUCUCUCUUCUGCACGUAGCCAGCAGAUCAAGCUCCCAGAAACGCAGACGAUCGGGCCAUCACAGCAGCAGAUCGCGACGGGAGAAGACUCCAAGCGACUGUACCCAACUGGCCUUACACAGCCCGGGCCGGCACCGCGAGCGGCCAGACGCGUGCCCCCCGCCCACACACAGUGCCCCGCUCCCCCUCCUCACGGGGACAGGCAGGAUCUACUCCAUGCAGAACAUCUUCCAGACCAUGUACCUUCUGGGUCAGAUGCUCUUCCACCGUGUCCAGGACUCUCUGCAAGACCCAGUGCCAUCCAGCUCCCAGGAGGCUGGCCCAGUCCCAGAGAGUGCCUUGGAGGAGGUCACGGUGGCUGAGGUGACAGCAAUGAGAAGACAGUUGACGAGGAUCUCGGGGAGGCUCCGUGUGCUGGAGGAGCAGUGUAACGCCUGGCGACAGAAGGAAGCCCUGGUCUACUCCGUGAUGAUCUCCGCCUGCCUGAUCAACACGUGGCUCUGGCUGAGGAGAUGA